GAAAACUCUUUUUAAUGAAUAUAAAAAAUAUCUCGAUCAUUUUAGUAAACAAAUAGACUCGUAUACGUUGAUAUCUUCAUAUUAUUUAGAAAAAUAGUGAUUUUUCCCUACGCGAUUGGCAACUUUAGAAAAUUGUGUUUCUGUUGUUUAUUGAAAAGCGAAAAUUUUGUUAUUUUGUUACAAUUAAUAAUGGAAGUACAAAAGCAUUCCGUGCACACUCUUGUGUUUCGUUCUUUGAAAAGGACGCAUGAUAUGUUUCUAGUUGAUCAAGCGAACCUACCUCCACCGAAUGAAGACAGUGACAAGAUUAAAAUGAUGAUGAAAGCGAGAGACGAAUACGGACCGGUGAUGCAUCUUGUUAAAAAUAAACAAGACCAUGAUGAUCACAACGGAUCUCAUUUCAGUGAUUCCAAGACUGACGAAAGCGCAGGUGAUAGAUUUGAGCACAGAUCUGCCCUCAGCGAAUUCGAAGGAAGAGAACUAUAUGAAACUGAUGCACCCCCACCGGGGACGGAAGAUAUCUAUAAUAUUCCUGCACCUGCUGCACCCUCUCAAGCUGUGGUUCUUGCUGGAACUCAGCAACAAGCUUUGACCGCCAGAAGAACGCCAUCAAUUCCAAAGCCCCAAUGGCAUCCACCCUGGAAAUUAUACCGAGUUGUCAGCGGACAUUUAGGUUGGGUGAGAUGCGUUGCUGUCGAACCCGGUAAUGAAUGGUUUGCUACGGGAUCAAACGAUCGUAUUAUAAAAAUAUGGGAUUUAGCUAGUGGCAAGUUGAAGCUUUCACUAACCGGACAUAUAAGUGCCGUCAGAGGACUCGCUAUCAGCUCGAGGCAGCCGUAUUUGUUUUCCUGCGGAGAAGAUAAACAAGUGAAAUGUUGGGAUUUGGAAUAUAAUAAAGUGAUUCGACAAUAUCACGGCCAUUUGAGUGGUGUGUAUGCCAUUGCCCUUCAUCCAACCAUAGAUAUUCUUGUGACGGGUGGCCGUGAUUCUUGCGCCAGAGUGUGGGAUAUGAGAACUAAAGCAAAUAUUCAUUCACUUGCCGGACAUACAAACACUGUUGCAAGUGUCCAGUGUCAAGCUAUUGAACCUCAAGUUAUGACAGGUAGUCAUGACUGCACAAUCAGAUUGUGGGAUUUGGUGGCAGGUAAAACCCGUGUCACUCUGACUCACCACAAGAAGAGUAUUCGAGCCUUAUUGAUUCAUCCAAAGUUACACAUGUUUGCAUCUGGUGCACCUGAUAAUAUCAAGCAGUGGAAAUGCCCCGAUGGAAAUUUCAUUCAAAAUUUGCCUGGACAUAGUGCCAUUGUUAACUGCCUCGGCAUGAAUGCUGAUAAUGUGUUAGUUUCUGGAGGAGAUAACGGUACUUUGUAUUUUUGGGAUUGGAAAACUGGUUACAAUUUUCAGAGACUGCAAGCUCCUGUGCAGCCUGGCUCUAUUGACAGUGAAGCUGGUAUAUUUGCUUGCACUUUUGAUCAGAGUGGUAGUCGUUUAUUGUCGGCCGAAGCAGAUAAGACUGUUAAAAUUUUUAAAGAAGAUGAAAACGCAUCAGAAGAAACACAUCCAAUCAAUUGGAAGCCCGAAAUCUUGAAAAGAAAACGCUUUUAAUUUUUUCUUAAGAAAUUUUGGUAGAUCAUUGUUUAUGAUAUGUUGGAAAAGAAAUAAUAAAACAUUUCUUUUAAUAUAUUUUGAAAGUUUUAUUUUGCUGUGACUUAUAUCUUCAGUUACAUUUUUAAUGGUAUUUUUGAGGAAUCAAGCUUUACAAUUUAGGCUUCAGUUUUUUCAAUUUGACAUAUUCUUAAAAUUGCUUUUCCAUUCCAAUUUAAUGCUGAAGAAAUCUAAAAAAAAAAGAAUAUUUCAUUUUGCAGUUGUUUUGACAAAUUUGUGAUGUUAUUA